AGCGUGAAGUACUGCGUUUCACUUUGCGGAGAAAAGUGUUUUUAACGAUGGAAGAAAAACCUGAAGAUCGGCAGACGACGUCGGAGAUUUUUCCUCUCGCUUUGCCCAAAGGAACCAAAAAGUUGUGUGAACUUUGUCAAAGAAGAGCGAAGCUGCAGUGCGUCAACUGUCGGGUGACUUUUUACUGCAAUCAAGAGCAUCAGCAAGUUGACUGGUCUGGAAUCCACGAGAGGGUCUGUGAGCUGCUUGUUCCUGUUCGCAGCACGUCACCGACCGACUGUUUGGAUGACACUCAAAUACGGCUUAAACAGGUGGAGCUGAUUGAGAUUUCCAGGUCGGUGGCUGAGAGCAAACUGGCGGAGGGGAGACACAAGGAGGCGCUCUCUGCUGCACACUUCUGUCUGCGCUGCACCCUAGACGUCCACGGCCCCAGAACGGUUCAGCUGGUUCCGGCCUACAGGCUUCUAGCUGAAGUUAACAUGGGUUUGGAUAAUUUGGCAAUGGCGGGGGAGUUCUUGUCUCAGGCGGAGUGGGUGGUACUACAGAGCCCGGAAUGUGGUCCAGUAUUCCAGCACCAGCUGCACAGGAGUCUGGGUCACCUCAACAUGGCGAUGGGAAAUCUGGAAGCAGCUCUGCUCCACUUUGCUAAUGACAUCUACUACGCCUGUGAGGAGUUUGGAUUGGACAGCAGCGUCACAUGUGGAGGUUACUUCUUCAUGGCCAACGUGUUUGUCCAACAGGAAAAGCUCCUCGUUGCUUCUUCUUUGUACUCUAAGGUAGCAUGUACUUGGCAUUCCCGUCUGACCAGACUCAUCAAGACCCACCUUGAAGAUGUCCAAACUCCAACCUGCUUGGAUAAGGCCGAGCAAACUCAGGCUGACGAGAUGUUAAGAACCAUCUUGCAGUUUGAGGAAAAUGACUCCAGAAGAGAUUUGGGUCAGAUUGCACUGGCGGCCCAUUGUCUGGCCACGCUGUGGUUCCUCGGAGGAGACUCCCUAAAGGCACUGGGAUUUGUCAAAGCGGCCCUGGAGGCCAUCCAGAUGAUACCACAUCACGACCUGACAGAGCCCAUCCACAACCUGCUGCAGAUUAUAAGCACAGACCCGCAUCCUGGCUCGGAGUAGCCACCAUACCCUGCCUGGACACGGGGAAUUAU